AAGCACUAUGGUGGGAAAAACCUUAUCCCUUGCACCACGUUGCAAGCACAAAGCCUUCCUUCCGUAACCAUUUUGGCUCAAUCCGUUUCGGCUCAAGCCAUUCCUGCCCAGGUCGGUGUUGCCCGCGCCCAGUCCCAGUAGAAGCGCCUCCGCGGCGGGCGCCGUCGUCAGGAGAGCCGGCCAUGGGAGCCAACAAGGUCGUGCAGAAGUCCAAGGAGGCCAAGAUGAAGGCCGCCAUGGCUGGAGGCAAAUCCAAGAAGAAGAAGUGGAGCAAAGGCAAGGUGAAGGAGAAGCUGGCCAAUCUGGUCAUGUUCGACCAGGCUACGUACGACAAGAUGCUGAAGGAGAUCCCCAAGGCGAAGCUGAUCACUACGGCUAUCGUGAGCGAGAGGUUGAAGGUGAAUGGCUCUGUGGCGCGCCAGGCCAUCCGUCACCUGGAGGAGAAGGACCUGAUUCAGGUGGUGGGUGAGAGGAGCUCUAGCAUGCUGAUCUACACGCGCAAGAUAGGGGCAGGCGAUUAAAUCGUCUGUGAUUGGCACGCGCAAGCUGCGAGCUGCGAGUUUGGUGCUUCGUGGUGGCGCUCAUACCACAAGUUAUUCUGGGCGACUUCUCACCGCGUUGGCCAGACAUGUCUUGUGUAUUCGAGAAAGACUAACUUCCGGAACCAGGAUGUAAUCAUACAUUGCAAUAUCUCCUUGUAUUUCUAGGAUGUCCCAGAUCUCCUCAUGUUCCACACGGUCUGCAGAGAAGAAGACUGCUAGAAACGCCACAACUCCUGGAACGCAUCCUGAGCCAAUCGCAUGGAGGAAU